GCUCCAAGGUUUCCGCUUCCUUUUACACACCGAUCAACAUGUCGAAAAGAGGUCGCGGAGGUUCUUCUGGAGGAAAAUUUCGUAUGUCACUGGCUCUGCCAGUAGGCGCUGUUAUGAAUUGUGCCGACAAUACAGGUGCAAAAAAUUUGUACAUAAUAGCUGUAAAAGGAAUUGGAGGACGUCUUAAUCGUCUACCAGCAGCCGCCAGCGGUGAUCUUGUAAUGGCAACAGUGAAGAAAGGAAAGCCAGAAUUACGAAAGAAAGUAAUGCCGGUUGUAGUUGUUCGUCAAAGGAAAGCUUAUCGACGAAAGGAUGGAACCUUCAUAUACUUCGAAGAUAACGCAGGAGUAAUCGUAAACAAUAAAGGAGAAAUGAAAGGAUCCGCAAUUUCUGGACCUGUCGCUAAAGAAUGCGCUGAUUUGUGGCCAAGAAUUGCGUCGAAUGCCAGUUCUAUCGCAUAG